UGGUUGCGUAUGCAUCAUUACAUCUACACGGUAUUUCAAUGUAAAAUGUCACAGGCGUGGGAAAAGCUAGAGAGAUUCAGUCGGAUUCUUUCAGCUCCCCUCCAACGCCAUGUUCUACGUGAUGGUGACUCGGAUCGACUAGUGUCCCUAAUUGAACGCAGUUUGAAACUUCUAUGGCAAUCUUAUAGCGAUUUGGGUUAUGGUAACGUAUAUGUAUCUUUUAACGGCGGUAAAGAUUCCGUUGCGAUUUUACACUUACAUCGUUUGGCGACACUUUGGAACCCUCAAUCAAAAUUAUCAGCAUCAGGUAGCCCUCUUAAUGUAGUAUUUUUUAAGGAUCCGGACGAGCGACUAUUCUCCGAUAUAAACGAUUUCAUUUUAAAGACUGGUACUAAGUAUAAUUUUUCAGUGAGUGUUAUAGAGGGACCAUGGAAUAAAGGCAUACCUCGGCUGUCUUCUGGAAGCAAAAAGGGGUAUAUUCUUGGCUGCCGAGAUAGCGAUUUUGCAAAAGGUUCACUAAGCGAAGUGGAAGAAGGUUGCGUCGAUGGGAUCAAGUUCCACCGUAUCCAUCCUAUAUUACACUGGGGAUACGGUGACGUCUGGAACUUCUUGAGGCUUUUUUCUUUAGAGUACUGUAGUCUAUAUGAUGUUGGAUACACUUCAAUAGGGGGGACAGAAGAUACGGUAGCUAACCCUUAUUUAAGGAAGCCAGACGGUACGUAUGCUCCAGCUUAUACCCUAGACGAUUGGUCUCUGGAACGUUUUGGACGUAACAAAGCUUCACACAAGUUAGAAAGUUCCACAUGAUACAAUUCAUUUUUGAAUUCCACGUUUUGAUUAUCGGGACCAUUAGACCAGUAUCGCUGUAGUUUUU